AGCGCCCUCUCUUGAUUGUGAAUAUGGUACGCAUAAAGAGAACUAGGACCUAGGGUUCAUCGUGUUUUUUGACUUUCCCGUUUUGCGAUCCGUUUUGUUGUUGCCGGCAUAUUGUUUUGUGUCUGAUGAAUCCAAGGCAGAGUUAAAGUGAUCAUCGAAACGCGUUCGUUCACACACCUUCUACUUGAAAAAUGGAAGAAAAUUACGAGAGUGGGAGUGAUGGAGGUAGCACGCCAGUCCAAGAUGAACACAGUGAUGAGGAACAAGGUGACUUGCAGCCAGCUAGCGAUGCAGAAAACAGUGAAGGAGCAGCAAGCAUUGGGGAAACCCCAGCAGAGGAUCUAGAGGAAGGUGAAUACAUAUCAGAUGGAGAAGGGGGGCAUGAUGAUGAGGACAAUGCUAGCUCUGCAGGGGAGGUGGAAAGUGAACCAGAAGUGGAAGAUGGCGAGCAACAAAGUGACGAAAAUGAGGAAGAACAACAAAGAGACAGUGAGCAAGAGGCGGAGCCAGAGGAGGAGGAAGGGGGUUACCAUGAGGCCGAGGAGGAGGAUGAGGACAGAGAAAGUGGCAUGGAGGACAGAAUCGAUGACAAUGAUGAUCAAGAUGGGAGAUCAGAGGAAGAGCAGGAUGGGGAAGCAGUUGAGGAAGGAGAAGUCGACAAUGAUUACCAGCAAGUGUCAGAGGAUGAGUUUGAGGAGGAGCCAACCGAGGCGAGACAUAGUGACGAUGACAAUGUGGCUUACAGGCAUGGCUCAGACGAUGAGAACGAAGAUAGAGAUGGAGGCGAGAGAAAUGAUGAGAGCGACAGGGAGCAUGGCGAACAGAGCGAUGCAGAGCCCCAGGAGCUGGAAGAAGGGGAGGAGGUUGAGGAAGGAGAGUAUGAACCUGCUGAGGACUACCAAGAAGAACCGGCCUAUGGCUCAGAGGAAGGACUAGAAGGGGAUGAAGAGAGACAGCGAGCAGAUUCUGAUGAGGAUUACAAUGAAGAUGUUGAAUCAGGACAGGCAGCCAGACACUAUGUAGAUAGCGAUGCUGAACCAGAGGAGUUCGGCGAUGACAGGGGAAGGGAAGAGCAGCAGACUGAGCAAUACCAGACACAGGAGGAGGAAUACCAGGACACGGCGCACCAAGAGGAUGGUGUGGACUCAGAGACAGAGGCCUUCCAUGAAGAGGAACAGUACAGGGAGGUGCAAUCAGACACUGAGGUUGCAGAAGAUGGAAUGAGGUACGCAGAGGAUGAAGCAGCUCAAGACCAGCAUCCUGUCAGGCAUGAAGCCUAUGAACCAGACCCAGAUAUGAUGGGACCAGAAAGCCCUGAUCCAGAGCGUCAAGCAGCCUCCGAUGAAGAUGAGCCUUAUGACAUAGAUGCAGAACCGUAUGACCGCAGUGUUGACGAAGGACUACAAGAAGGGACAGAAGCGGGCUAUAACGAGGUGGAAGAGCCGGCAGAAAGGGGAGAAGAGUUGGAAGAAGGGGAUGAAGACUUGGCAGAAAGAGACGAAGACUUGGCAGAAAGGGGCGAAGACUUGUCAGAAAGGGGCGAAGAAUUGGUAGAAGGGGGCGAAGAGUUUGCAGAAGGGGGUGAACAGUUGACAGAAGGGGCCGAAGAGUUGGCAGAAGAGGGCGAAGAGUUGGCAGAAGAGGGCGAAGAGUUGGCAGAAGAGGGCGAAGAGUUGGCAGAAGUGGGUGAAGAGUUUGCAGAAAGGGGCGAUGAGGAGGAGGAUGGGGUUGGAGAGGCCCAGCAGCCCCAGAGUCCGGCCGAACCCCAUGCCGAAACCCUGGACAGUGGGGAUGAGAGCAAUGAAGAGGAAGCUGGAGUAGGAGAACUCAUUGCAGAUAUUUUUGGCUCAAGUGACGAAGAAGAUGAUGAAGAAUUUGAGGGUUUUGGAGAAGCAGAACUGGAACAGCCAGUGAAAAAGAAGCGAGCAGCUAUUGUCUCCAGUGACGAAGAUGACGAUGAUGAUGAUGCCAAUGUCGGAAUGGAAGAUACCAUUGAGCAGGAGGGGGUGCCUGAGGAGAUGGAGGGGGAGGAACUCCCAGAGGGAGAACAGGCCGAGCCAGAGCAGGGCCAACAAGCGCUGGCAGCAGAGGACUCGGAUUCGGACGAAGGUGUUGAAGAUGGUGAAAAGUCCAAAGCGGAUUUCGUGUCUGAUUUUGACCUGAUGAUGGAGAAGAAAAAAGCUGAGAACAAAAUGCAUCGGAAACGUCGGCGGGGCGGUGACAUCAUCAACGACAACGAUGACAUCAUCGUUGCUAUGAUUAAACAGAUGGAGGAGGCUUCUAAAGAAGACCGUUCAUUAAAUCAGAUGAGGAAAGCAGCCACCAAGAAGUUAAUGAUGUUGCCUUCUGUGAUGUCUCAACUUAGAAAGCAAGACUUGCAGAUAGCGUUCCUAGACUGUGGCAUCUUGAGAGUCAUGAAGGAAUGGCUCAUGCCACUUCCAGAUCACAGUCUACCCAACCUUCAUGUCAGGGAGAGCCUUCUAAGAGUACUCAAGGAGUUUCCACCAAUUGACCAGCACAUGUUGAAAACCAGCGGUAUCGGCAAGGCAGUCAUGUGCCUGUACAGACAUCCCAAGGAACUGCGACACUGUAGGGAUUUAGCAGGAAGACUAAUCAAUGAUUGGUCACGACCAAUCUUUGGAGUUGAGGCCAAUUUUCAUUCCAUGAGCAAGGAGGAGCGUCAGGAGAGAGAUCUAGCCCAGCUAUCAGCAGUCAAAAAGAGACGGUUAAGUUCGACAGAUGGCGCUACACACAAGCCCAAUAGCAUGGAGACAGCACUCACAGGGGAAGAAAGGGCCUUGAGACCUGGAGACAAGGGUUGGGUUGGUAGAGCCAGGGUACCCCUACCAUCUACCAAGGACUAUGUGGUCCGACCAAAGUGGAACGUAGAGAAAGAAUUCUCCAAGAGUGGCAAGAAAGAACCCACCAAACUAGACAAGCAUCUGAAACGCUUCAAAGACGCCAAAGCGCGGAGCAAGAACAAGAACCCACGUGCUAUCUCCAUCAGUAUUGAGGGGCGUAAAGUGGCCCUCUAAAAGGGUGAAACCAGAGGGGUGCUAUUGGAAAAAAGGGGGUUGGGAUGGGUGGAGUUGGGGGAAGGAGAUGGUAUAAACUAGUUCGAAAACAGUGUGCUCUCAUGGAGGCCCCCAGUAAUAGUUGAAGUAUUUUGUCAGCUAUUGGUUUCAGUAAACGUCGUUGAACAGUUGAUUUGCACACACGUUGUCACAGUGCUUCUUGACAUUAUUUGGGACUGCCAAGAGUCUGUGCGGAUCGAUUUAUACUGUUCUUUCCCCAUCUCCAACCUAACUCCCACCCCUUUUCUCAAGAUCAGGGAAAGAUCCAGGAAUUUAACUCACAAGAGAUUUUUUUAGGGGGGGGGAGGAAUGGGGGAAAUUGCUGAAAAGCUUUUAUCUAAAGUAUUGGUUUUUAGAAAUUACAAGUUUUGUUUUGUUUUGUUUAUUAUCUCUUUGCUGAAAUGACCCUAAUCUAGGUUUAAAGCAACAUUUUUAACCUUGGGUAAUGAGAAUGAAUUGAAGGAUUUGUUUUAAAAAAAAAAAGGCAGAAAUACCUGAAAUGUUGGAUGGAAUAGUGGGUAAUAUAAAUGUCACAAUCUUUUCACAGAAUCAUGUGGUCUUAUCAAUCCCUCUUAUUUCAGAGGAAUCAUGUACAUUUGGAUACAGUGUAUUGAAAAAACGAAAAGGUUGCAAGUGGAUGGAAACAGUACUUCUUUAAUAAUAACAAAUCGUUGGAUAUCCGUUUGCCUUCAGGGGUCCGUGGGAACGACUGUUGGCGCAUGUUGGCAACAAAGGCCAACAGUCUUCCUGAGUUGUUUACUGUGUUUUCCAAAAUGGCCGACACACAAUGAAUGCAAUGCUUCUGUCGGGGCUAAAAUUUUCCGUUUUCUACAUCUGCUUGCCAAACACCGACACUUUUAGGAUUGUGUUUUUCUUGGACUAGACUUGUGAUAGACUUUACUCAUAGAGCUACAUGUAUAUUACAUUACUAGAGUGCUGACUGGUUGUACAAAGUGAUGCCUGCUGGGCGCAUCCAUGUUUGUGCACAAACCUAUGGGAAAACUCAAAAAUUGUGUACAGCUAUUUGCAUAUCUGCGUUUGUAUUCUAUGCAGGUGCGUUAUUGGAACCUAUGCAUGUAUGCCCAAAACUGAAACGCACAAUGAGUAAAUGAACGUUGCAUUUUGCCUUGCACAAACAACGCAAACGCGUGCGCGUAUCCACUGCAGAUGAUUUUUGCCGUGAUGUUUUAUAACUGUCAUGACGAGCUUAAGUUGUUUGCGUAAGUUGUUCUUGCGCAAUACAUUUAGAGAACACUUUCAAAAUCCAUCUUUUCAUUAUGUUCUACAAACACGCACGUGAAUUCAAAAUGUCUGCGCGCAGGACGGCUUCAAAGUAUCUCCGCACGUAAGAAUGAGGAGUAAGCACUCUAGUAAUGUAAUAUAGCUCUAUGACUUAACUACAUUUGUGAUAUAUACAUUGCAUGACUUCGUGUCUGGUAAGCUGUUUCUGGUAAGCAAAUGCUUGCCGCUGUCAGCCAACGUUUGUGGUUAGCAGAGUGAGACCUAUGAAAUAGGGCCCAGAAUAACACUUCAGGUUCGCAUUUGUACAAAGGACCCGAGUUUGACAAUUUAUCAUUUAGUAAAAUAACCUACACUAAUUUCUUUCCUCCUAAAUUUGUGUUAGAAUAAUUCCAUAGGGUGUAUCCUAUCAGUCUCAUUAUGACUUGAAGUUGGGUUUUAAAGAUUUGUUGGAAAGUGUCUGGGCAAAAAUCAUAAAUGAUCCUAUGGGCUAUGGAGAACCUGUAUGCUGGAAACAGCUCAGUUUCUUUAACAACAUUUAAGGAAGUUUUGGAAAAUUUCUUCAAUUUUGUUUUUUAAUGUGGGGACGCAUAGCUAUUGGCCAAGUGAAUUUGUGUGGAAGAGUGGCUAAAUGGAACGGCACUCAGGUAUUUGAGUGACAUGUAUGUAUAAGUAAGAUGAAGAUGACUAUCUAUUGCAUAGGAUGUUGGACAGGAUAUUGAUCUGUAUCAAAAUGAUAAAAACUAAAUUUUGUUCGGAAUGUCACACUUUUUGUAAAUAAAGGUUAAAAGAAUUGGACUUUGUAAA